UGCUUGCGAAAGCUAUUGUGAGUUUACGACUUCCGUUCCGAAACCUCUGGCCAACUCCACACACGUAACACUGGACAACCUGUUCGCUGGGAUGGUAUCCAGGUAUAAAGGUCCGAGGGAGGGGCUGCAACUUUGACACAACUCGCCGCCUCACCUACAAUCAUGAUCCGCUUAACCACUCAGGUCGCUCUCGUUGCCUCCCUUGCGUCACUGGCCAAGGGAUCCCCUAUCACUGAUGGCCUGAAGAACACUAUACACUCUAUUAACAUCACAAAGAGCUACACUGAGAUGGCAAUGACGGAUUUUAUCGAAAGAGAAAAGAUCCGUCGCGAGUCGUUUGCUACCUCCGCGGCCGUCGCUGGUAGUGUACCUGCACCAAUGCAGAUGUUAGCUAUUAUGUGUCAGUCACCGUUGGGAAUCAACCUUUUUCUCGGAUGAUCGUCGACACUGGCUCUGCGAAUACUUGGGUUGGCGCGUCGAC